AUGUAUCUCACUACAGCCAUCAAAACGGGGCUGAUCGCCAAUGUCGCUCUUGCACUGGCGAACUGGGGCCCUAGCACUAUCACCAAAACUCAGGAAGUCACCAAGUACCAGACACACACUUCAACAGUAACGAAGACUGUCACUGCAUCAUGCAGUUCGGCUCCCGCCACGUCAUCGUCCCCAGCCCUGGCCACUAAAUACUGGCCUGGCUGGGCCAAGAUCUCGCACCUUAUAGUCUUUGGUGACAGCUACACAACAACCGGCUUCAACACUUCUCUCGCCCAGCCCAACGCCGCCAAUCCCCUAGGUAACCCAGCGUACCCCGGCUACACUGCAACCAAUGGACCGAAUUGGGUAGACUUUCUGACAACGACAUACAACAAGACCUUUAUCGAGACGAUCAAUUUGGCGUACGGGGGGGCGACGGUAGAUAGUGCGCUCGUGAAGCCAUAUCUGCCGACUGUCUUGAGCUUGAAAGAUCAGAUCCAGACGGAGUAUCUGCCACUGUAUGCCAAUCAUCCGGCCAGCUUCAACUGGAAGGCUAACGAUACACUUUUCGCGCUGUUCUUCGGUAUCAAUGAUGUGGGUAAUGCUUAUGGUGAAGCCAAUGGAACGCUGGUUCUGUCGCUGGACGUUCAGGAAUAUGCCAGUUUGGUCGACUCGUUAUAUAACACUGGAGCUCGCAACUUCUUGUUCUUGAACGUUCCACCAGUCGACCGCUCUCCUUUAACAGUCGGUCAAGGAGGUACAGCCUCGGCGACAGAAGCCAAGGUCAUCGCUGCAUAUAACGCCAACAUCACCGCUCUCGCCGCAAACUUGACGAAGACGUACUCGGACGCCUUCACCUACGUAUUCGAUACCAAUACGGCAUUCACGCAAGUCUUGGACGACCCCUGCAGCCAUGUCGAGACGUGCCCAUAUAAGAAUACCACGGACUACUGUGUGGCGUAUGAGAAUGGUACACCAGCCGUAAACACCUUCAAUGCUACCUGCGGCAUCCCAGUCGAUGAGUACUUCUGGUUGAACAGCUUGCAUCCUACUUACAGGAUGAUGAACGUCACGGCGCAGGAGAUCGUUCAGGCACUGAGCUAG